AUGGGCAAGAAGACACCAGAGGAGAAGGCGAAGAGGGCUCGAGAGAAUGGAUUCAAUGAUGACGACCAUGAUAUUGAUGAUUCUAUUGUCCUGAAGGAAAUCAGAGAUUACACUGAUGGGGUGUACAAGGAGCAGAUGGAUAUGUGGCGACUGUUUGCAAAGAACCGUCCAGGCGCAAGCCCUUGCCAUUUUCGCACUUUGAAGCAUUUUGCUGAAUUUGUUGGACUAUCAAUACCAGGUCAGCUAGAGAAGAUGCCGACCGUUGAUACUGUACGUUGCUACAUGCGGCGCUUUACUUCAAUUUGGCCACGAGAAACCGGAGAACAUAUUCCUGAACAGUUGAGGAGAUCACUCACUCAUUAUAUUAAAGGACCGCUUAAGGUGAAAAUCGGCCUAUCAACUGCUCAUCGGGAACGACACUACUUAACCCUGAAGAAAUACCUCAUUCUGGUUCUCGUUAUCUGGGAGAACGAUUGGUCUGAGUUUGAUCAUGAAGCUUCUCGGGUUGGGUUUAGCGCCAAAAUGAAUUUCUAUUGUUAUUCAUCAGCUAGGAUAGGGGAGUUGACGGAAUCUUCAGCUCGAGCAAACAGUGGGAAAGGGCUACGCUACAGAGAUAUCAUUAUGCUGGUUGGGUGGGGCCAGGAUGGGAAACCAGAGAUCCGAAUAGCCUUGACAAGAGAAUUUGCGAAGGGAAAGCAUGACUCACGGAGCAGGCCACAACAUCCAAUGAAUGAAAGCACAACGGGUCUACCGUUUGUUCUCAAUCCUAUUCUGUUUAUCCUCGGCAUCGCUCUCGCCAGUGGUGCAUUCAAGUAUUAUGAAACAGCCGACGAGAUUUUCGAUCUGCAACCCCCACAGUACGAUGACCACUGGAUCUUGGAAUGGGCUGAUCAUAUGCAAGACGUGCCUGUUUUCCAAGGCGCGACUUGCAACGGUCCUACUGGAAAGAUUCAAAAGUCAACCUCGUUCUCAAAGCAGCUUACAAGUGCGGCUCAGUGGGCUGGCUUUCCCAACGUCACUAUUCACGAUGGUAGACGUGAAGCAAUCGUCAAAGCUAACGCUCGUGGCUAUUCGAUCGCCGAAUUGGGGAAAUUUGCCGGGCAAUCAAAUCACAGAGUGUUCCAGACGUACUAUAUGGCCGAAGGGAGCGUAGAUGGCCAAAACAGCUUCCUCAAUCAACCGUGCCGAACUGACUUUAUCGAGGAUAUGCGGGGGAUAUCACUACAUUGUAACCCGGAGCUUUGGCAAUCGCUCCCAGCGAAGAUGCAGCACGAGCUUCAACAGCGACCUGACUUUAUCGCCCUGCAAGAGGAGAUUACAAGCCUGAAUAACAACAUCACCACGGCGACGGACGAAGAGACUGGCCGAAUGCUUCGAGCCCGACGGAAAGCCUUAUAUACGGAACGACAACAGCUCAUCAAAGAAGAGCUAAAGAAGAGCCGUAAAAGUCAACCACGAAAACACCCAUCCCAAGGCAACCAAGGCGAUCGUCACCGCAGCUUUUUCAAUCGUGUUCGCCAUAUGAUGCCCGAACGUGACCGCCUGGCACGAACGUUACCCUUACCGUUCCCCCUCCGAAGCCCUGAAGGCCGGGCUGCUCUCGAAGACCUGAUCGCACUCUACAGGGGCGAAUCUCGUGUGGCUUAUCAACCAGUUCUAAGACCUGUAUUAGGUUGUUGCCCAGUGCCCAGUUGUGAGGAGGGGAUCCAAAGCAUGCCGGUUGCGAAUCAAUGGAGGCAUAUAUACCGUUGCUGGGAAGCGUAUCUUAAAAAACGAUACGGAUACGCCAUCUUCUGCUUCCAAUGUAGUGAAUGGGUGACGAGUGAGGCAGACUGGGAGCUCCACUGUCAAGAUCACCUCGACAAACUCGAAAUGCCUCUACGAUGUGACCCCGUCACUUUCCGCUACGCCACCGCCUGUGCUGGAUACUGCCCCAGUUGUCUUCGUGACUCGACACUGUCAGCUGCCCAGCGAAUGCGUCAAUUCCCCAAGCGGGCACUCUGGCUCGAGCACGUGGAGAAGCAUGUGGAAGAGGACAUCACGGGCAUUGAUUUCAGUAAACCCGUGCUGUGCCUGCAUUCUUUAUGCACUGAACCUUGUGCAUUUGAAUCGCCCCAAGAUCUGCGCGAACACCUCCAAGAUGGCCAUAGUAUUCCGAUGCCUAGCUCAGGGAAGAAGCGUCGAUCUGACACAGAGAACCAGCCAGAUACUCAAGAAGGAAAAUCGGAUACCGUUAAGAGAAAACGCCCGCGACUUCAAGGCAAGCUGCGCACCGCUGUCCUUGAUCCUAAGCCUGGCCGGCCGGGAUGCCACGAGAUUAAAUCUGAGCCUUGGAAUGAGACACCGAAUUACAACUUCGUCAAUUAUUCGGCUGAAGACCUUGAGUCUAGUGGUUCGGACGUCACUAAGCCUCCAACGACAAUAUCCACGAGCUCCAGUCGCGAAGUUACUCGGUAUUCCAGCCCAGCAUCGAGUAUAGAUGAUGCUGGUACUUUUGGACCUACUGACCCGCUUAUAUGCAUUGAUCCUCAGCUUUUCUCUCAACCAAUUGUCCCGCUCAUUAGAGAUGAAUCACUUUGCCCAGCCAGCAUCUCUCCGAGCUCAGCGAUAGCGUCUCCGAACGCAUUCAGCAUCACGUCAGUCCAAGGUACGAUUGAGUCAGAGAAUUGUAUGAGCCUCGACAAAGAAGAGGCCCAUCUAUUGGAGGACGGAAGUUCUGUUGAAGACAUGGCCCCUACUCAGAACGCUGUUAUGCUCGCAAUCGACAGCAAGAACACGAAAGCUAUUUCAACUAUUGGCGACACUCUUUCCCUGGAGGACUUGCCUUCAGCGAUAAGUUCUGACGGUACAGCCUUCAAGCAGGGAAGCCCUACUUGUCUAGACGGUGGUUCUAUGAAUAUCAGUGGAUCACCAACCACCGUCUCCGGCAAGGGUGCUCACAGAAGGAUACCGACAACUGGACUAGGGCGCAUGAAAAGCACAGUAACACAGCCGCUGUGUGGCAGUCAAGGAGUAGGAGACCAGCCUGUUGCAGUCGAAGCCGAGGAAUGCGGGGUUGAAGCGCUGCUUGCCAAGUGGAAUGGAGGCCAGUAUCUUGUGGAGUGGAAAGGCUUUCCAGACGGGCCGAAUUGGUGGGUUAAAAAGAAAGACAUCGACAGAGCGCUUGUCGACGCAUUUGAUGCGACCUAUCAAGGAAAUCAUCUCGGCGUGCAAUUGCUCAAGAAGCGAGUACGGAAGCGAACGGUCGAAUACUUUGUUAAAUGGGCCGGCCGGCCGGAUGAAGAGAAUUCUUGGGUGAAGGAAGCCACCAUAAGUCGUGAACGAAUUAUGGAGUUUGAGGCGAGAGGGAAAUAG